AUGGACCCUCCAGCCCUCCCUGUUGCUGGGUUUGAAGUGGAUGUGGACCUUGGCUUCGCCCUCUUCUUCUUCUCCCUGCUCUGCUUGUUCUUGUUGGGGGCUAUAGUCCGCUGUGCCCAGAUGGUGCUGGACCCUUACAGUGCUAUCUCGGUCACUACACACCAGGAAGAGGAAACGGAGGAGUGA